AUGGUAGAUAUGUUCGUAUGGGUCUAAAUGAAGGAAAAUUUCUUGUGGGUCCCGUUCGUAUAGACUCUUAAACCGACAGCGUUUGUUGAGCUUCUAAAGCCUGCCACAAAGAAAUAAUUAAAAACCCUGAAAAAGAAACUAAAAUAUUUCUGUGGCGAUCAAGAGAAGAUGGUAAGUAACAUCAUAACUAGCCUGUCAAUGACACUAGUUCUUCCUCAAAGCUUCACUCGACCUGCAAAUACAAGAUGCUCUGUGGUUAGGAGGAUCAACAGUAGAUCUCAUUAUUCUGACAGAAUUAUAUGUUCCUUGGAGAAUCCCACUGGAAGCAAGGAGGCUUUGAGAAAGCAUUUUGUUUCAGGCUUUGCUGCCAUUUUGCUUCUCUCUCAGGCAGGCCAGGGUGUUGCCUUGGAUCUCUCUUCACGUUAUCACAACAUCUGCCAACUGGGAAGUGCUUCUGUGGAAGGAAACAAGCCUACUCUUCCACUUGAUGAUGACCCGGAAGCGAUGAUGAUGAUGAUGAUGAGAGGCAUGACGGCUAAGAACUUUGACCCAGUUAGGUACUCUGGAAGAUGGUUCGAAGUGGCUUCUCUUAAGCGUGGCUUUGCUGGUCAAGGCCAAGAAGAUUGCCAUUGUACACAGGGCGUAUACACGUUUGAUAUGAAGGAACCAGCUAUACGGGUGGAUACGUUUUGUGUUCACGGUAGCCCUGAUGGGUAUAUAACAGGAAUCAGAGGAAAAGUUCAAUGCGUUGGAGCACAAGACCUGGAGAAAACUGAGACUGACUUAGAAAAGCAAGAGAUGAUUAAAGAGAAAUGUUACCUUCGAUUUCCCACCAUUCCUUUCAUUCCUAAGUUGCCUUAUGAUGUCAUAGCUACAGAUUACGACAACUACGCUCUUGUUUCUGGAGCCAAAGACAGGAGCUUUGUUCAGGUAUACUCAAGGACACCUAACCCGGGACCAGAGUUCAUAGCCAAGUACAAAGACUAUUUGGCACAGUUUGGCUACGACCCGGAGAAAAUAAAGGAUACUCCACAGGACUGUGAAGUGAUGUCUGAUGGUCAGCUAGCUGCUAUGAUGUCCAUGCCAGGUAUGGAGAAAACGCUGACAAACCAGUUUCCAGAUCUUGAAUUAAGAAAGUCAGUCCAGUUUGAUCCCUUCACUAGUGUGUUUGAAACUUUGAAGAAACUGGUCCCACUCUAUUUCAAGUAGAGAAGCUUCUCUGCCCCCAAGAGUUUUUUUGAAUUCUGUAUGCAGAUUAUUUAUCACUGUCAAUUUUCUUGUGCACCUGACUGAGUGUAUAGAUACUAAUUCUUUUCUAAGAUAAACUCAAAGUUAUUUUUCCUUUA